AUGUCAUCAGGCACGCACCUGUCUGAGGAGCAGCUCCAGUGUUCCAUAUGUCUCGCCGUUUUCACGGACCCGGUCUCUACUCCGUGUGGGCAUAAUUUCUGCAUGUGGUGUAUUAAAGAGUACUGGGAUACCAUCCAAAACUACCAGUGCCCUAUGUGUAAAGAGAAAUUCAGUGUGAGACCUGCACUUAAAGUCAACACAACCUUCAGAGAGGUGGUUGAUGACUUCAAGAAGAGAAGCGGUCUAGCCAAACCCGAGGUGCCCUGCGACAUCUGUACUGGGUCACGGCCCAAAGCGGUGAAAUCCUGCCUUGUGUGCAUGGUCUCCUACUGCGAGGCUCACCUGGAACCUCAUGAAAGAGUUGCGGUCCUGAAGAAGCACACCCUGAUAGACCCUGUGAAGAACAUGGAGGAGAGAAUGUGCAAGAAGCAUGAACGACUCUUAGAGUUCUUCUGCAGAGAUGAUAAGAUGUGUCUGUGUCAGCUCUGCUACGAGGCAGAGCACCAGAACCACAGCACCAGUCCGUUAGACGUGGAGUGCGCCCACAGUAAGAUUCAGCUGGAGAAGACGUACACAGACACACAGCUGAUGAUUAAGGAGAGGUUAAAUCAGAUCAAGAGGAUCAGACACACGGUUCAGAUUAGCAAGAAAACCACCGAGAGGGAAAUAGCAACUGGUUCUGAAGUCUUUGACACCCUGAUACAUUCAGUUGAGCAAAGCCAGGCAAAUCUGGCAAAGGAAAUGGAAGGGAAGCACACUGAAGUACAGAGACAUGCAGAGGAACUCAUCAAAGAACUGGAGCAAGAUAUUAUACAGCUAAAGGAGAGAAACACUAAACUGGAACAGCUCUCACACACCGAGGACUACGUCCAUCUCCUUCAGGUCUACCCAUCAAUGUGCAAAAUUCCAGAGCACAAGGUCUUCAGUGAAUUUAGCAUCAAUACUGACCUAUGCAUGGCUGCCCUGUGGGAAGCUAUGUCUGAGCUGAAACAAUCAUUUCAGAAAGAGAUUGACAGCCUCUCUGGCAUACAACUGAAGAGGAUUCAGAAAUAUAAAGUGGAUGUGACAUUGGACCCGUACACAGCCCACCCAGAGCUUGUGCUGUCUGCGGACAUGAAACAGGUUGCAUUCGGAAGCAAGCGACAGAGACUCUUUGACAACCCACAGAGAUUUGAUUCUGCUGUUUCUGUCUUAGCGAAGGAAGGGUAUCGGUCAGGGAGAUUUUACUAUGAGGUGCAGGUCAAGGGGAAAACUGAAUGGGAUUUGGGAGUGGCUAGCGAGUCAGUUAACAGAAAAGGAGUGAUUAGACUGAGGCCUGAGCAUGGAUACUUUACGCUGGUCUUAAGGAAUGGGACUGAGUAUACUGCUGCCGCCAGUUCCUCCAUCCCCCUCACCCUCAGAGAGAACCCUGAAAAGGUUGGAGUGUUUGUGGAUUAUGAGGAAGGCACUGUCUCUUUUUAUAAUAUAGAAGCCAUGACCCAAAUGUACUCUUUUACCGGUUUCUCGUUUACUGAGAAGCUCUAUCCAUACUUUAGCCCUUUUCUUAGUGAUGGAGGUCGUAAUACAGCACCCCUCAUCAUCACUACUGUCAAUGAGUCUGAGUGGUUUCGGGUUUAA